AUGUCUGUGUCGGGAAAGAAGGAGUUUGACGUGAAGCAGAUCCUCAGGCUUCGCUGGCGCUGGUUCAGUCAUUCCACGCAGAGUUCGGCUGGAAACGGGGGCUUCAUCCAGCAAGAGGGCUUUGAUCACCGAGGAACGCCGGUCCAGAGCCGACUGAAGAGUCACUCCCGGGACAGAGGAGGGGGACUCCGAAAGAGCAGCAGCCCGGUUCACAGCAUUCUGGCGCCCACGGCGGAACCUACGCCUGUCUAUGUCAGGCCGGGCAAUCAAUCAUGGCAUCAGCAAAACAUCAUCCACCACCUCCACUCCAACGAGGUGUCUCCUAAAAGCGGAUCGCCCGCCAGUGCCAGGAAAGAGGAAGCGGUGAGCAGUGAGGAGGCUGUGAAGAGCCACCCGGAGGAGUCCUCCGAGGAGGAAUCCAGAGACAGGUUGACACUGACCACUUACACCAGGAUGAGUUCUAAUACCUCAGAUGAGUUUUUCCAGGCAACAAAUCAUGCGGAACAGACCUUCCGUAAGAUGGAGACCUACCUUCAGCACAAACAGCUGUGUGAUGUGCUUUUGAUAGCUGGCGAUCAUAAGAUACCUGCGCACAGACUCGUCCUAAGUGCCGUCUCGGACUACUUUGCUGCCAUGUUCACCAAUGAUGUGAGGGAGGCGAAACAAGAGGAGAUCAAAAUGGAAGGAGUUGACCCAGAGGCACUGAGGUCAUUAGUCCAGUUUGCAUACACUGGUGUCCUUGAGCUGAAGGAGGAGACGAUUGAGAGCCUGCUGGCUGCUGCUUGCCUUCUCCAGCUCUCUCAAGUCAUAGAGGUGUGCUGUAACUUUCUGAUGAAACAGCUUCAUCCGUCCAACUGUCUGGGCAUUCGCUCGUUCGCAGAUGCGCAAGGCUGCAUGGACCUGCUGAAUGUGGCCCAUAACUACACAAUGGAACACUUUUUAGAAGUCAUUCAGAACCAGGAGUUUCUCUUGCUGCCCACCACGGAAAUUGUGAAACUGCUGGCCAGCGAUGACAUCAACGUGCCUGAUGAGGAGACUAUAUUUCAGGCCCUAAUGAUGUGGGUGCGUUAUGACGUACAGCACAGGCAGCAGGACCUGGGAGUGCUGUUGGCCUACAUCCGACUCCCUCUCCUGCCACCUCAGCUUCUUGCUGAUCUGGAAAACAACAAAAUGUUUUCGGAAGACCUGGAAUGCCAAAAGCUCCUAAUGGAGGCCAUGAAAUACCAUUUGCUGCCGGAGCGUCGGCCCAUGUUGCAGAGCCCGAGAACCAAACCUAGGAAGUCCACCGUCGGAGCGCUCUAUGCUGUGGGAGGAAUGGACGCUUCCAAAGGCUCUACGACAAUAGAGAAAUAUGACCUGCGCACAAACACCUGGAUCCAGGUCGGCGUCAUGAACGGCCGGCGGCUUCAGUUCGGCGUGGCCGUGAUUGACAACAAGCUGUACGUGGUUGGAGGGCGGGACGGUCUGAAGACGUCGAACAUGGUGGAAUGCUACAACCCAAUCAGCAAAGUGUGGAUCACCAUGCCUCCCAUGUCCACCCACAGACACGGUUUGGGGAUCGCAGUGCUGGAAGGCCCCAUGUAUGCUGUAGGGGGCCAUGACGGAUGGAGCUAUUUGAAUACAGUGGAAAGGUGGGACCCCCAGGCCAGGCAGUGGAAUUAUGUGGCUAGCAUGUCCACCCCCCGCAGCACAGUGGGAGUCACCGCACUCAACGGGAAGUUGUUUGCCGUGGGUGGCCGAGAUGGAAGCUCUUGCCUCCGAUCGAUGGAAUGUUUUGAUCCCCACACCAACAAGUGGAGCAUGUGUGCACCAAUGGCAAAGAGGAGAGGAGGAGUAGGCGUGGCCACAUACAACGGUUUCCUGUAUGCAGUGGGAGGCCAUGACGCUCCAGCUUCUAAUCACUGUUCACGUCUUUCAGACUGUGUGGAGAGAUACGACCCCAAAACAGACACAUGGACCACGGUCUCUUCCCUGAGUGUCCCUCGUGAUGCGGUGGGGGUUUGCCUUCUCGGAGACAGGCUCUAUGCUGUCGGUGGAUAUGACGGCCAGUCCUACUUAAACACUGUGGAAUCCUAUGACGCUCAGAACAAUGAAUGGACUGAGGAGGUUCCUCUGAAUAUUGGGAGAGCUGGUGCCUGUGUGGUGGUUGUGAAAUUGCCUUGAGGACUCCACGCUGCAUGAUGGGGAAAGGAGACGACUGCACUGGACGAUAAAGACAUCUGAAAAUAAGUCUGGGGAAUCCUUGGCCCAGUCAAGGACUUUGACAUUCGAAACACAGAUCCCUGUUGAAAAACAAACAAUAAACAAAGCAUAACAAAACAAAAAAAACAAAAAAACAAAA